AUUCUCACCUUCCCUCGAACACCCGUUUGCUGCUGGUACAAAGUCUUCAACAAUGUCAAGCAUAGCGCCUACGGUUGCGAGCUUGAACGACCGUUUGUUGAAUCCUCGAAACCGCGAGGGUGCUUGGCUGUGGACGAAAGAGCAAGCAUUCAACUAUAUUCUCAACAUGCAUCGAGUUGCCAAGUCGAAGAGUAGACAACUUGGCUACUCCGGCGCUGAUGCCCCCCAAUUCGAGGACGUUAACAACCUCAUGGAUAAUGUCAUAUGGAGGGCGCUGCGGGCAGAACUUGGUGAACAGGUGAUCGCCAACGAAUCUACAACGGAAAGUCCAGAAGGAGAACCGCAAUCCAUUAAUGUUACUAGCUUCAUCGGACGGACAAUCCUCAUUGGAGAUCUUUGGAAUGCGCUUGUUAUCCGUCAAAUACGGACUUUCGUUCCCAGAUUUGGAUUCUUCUCCAAUUUGCACGUUUUUGCCUCCUAGUGAACGAUAAGCUCUAUGCAUCGCCCCAGAAUAGAACAUAUCUCCCUCGGAAAGCAGGAAUAGAGUGGAUGCAUGUCUCCGAAGAAAUACAAACCAGUGCGGGCAUGCGGAGUAGGGAUGUCAGUUUUCUCACUACCUCUACUCCACAAGCUGCUGUCGAGUCGGUGAAAAACAAAUAUAAUGC